AUGUUGGGUACGCGAGCAAACACCAAGAAAGGCCAGUCGUCUGAAAGCAGUAGUGAAUUGGGGGCAGAAGGGGUGUCCGAUAUGGACAGUAACGCUUUGCAGCUCCGAAAGGAACUAAUGGAGAUGGAGAUAGAAAAGCUGAAACUAGAGCUGGAAGUGGCUAGACUUGCCAGGGCGCAGGACACCACGUCAGGAGCCAGCGCUGCUCGAACGAAGGGGGACGAGGUACUUAGGUACUCGCGGAUUGUAAGGGGCGUAUUGUCCAACAUGCCAGAGUCCGAACCGUUGGUGCCUUCGUGGUUCUCCGGGGUGGAGAGUAUGUUCAAUAGCCUUCACGUGCCGGAAAGCAUCAGGGGCGCAAUGAUCCUCCCCUUCCUCACGGAGAGAAUGAGAUCGGUCGCAAACCGAAUCGCUGCUGACGCGAUGCCGUCGUACGACGACCUAAAAGGAGCGAUGCUUGAGGAGCUUCAGCUUGCUCCAGCGGAGUAUCGGGAGCUGUUUUACAAAACUAGAAAGGACGAAAAGGAGUCCUGGGGACAGUUUGCAUCUCGUCUGGGCGAUUUUCUUGGUUAUUAUUUGAAAAGUAGCGAGGUGACAUCUAUGGAGAUGCUGAGGCAGCUGCUGAUAGCUGAUCAGCUGAAGCGCACGAUGCACCGAGACACGAGAGCAUAUGUCGACCUGAGCGAAAAAGGAAAAUGGUUACCGCCCGCAGAAGUGGCCAAACUUGCGGUAAACUAUGAACGAACGCAGAAGGAAUCGAGGGCUAAACAGGGGCCACCUUUCCCGAGUUGCGAGAGGAAUAAACCAAGUCUGAAAGAUAAAGGCGUGGCUUCGGGUACAGAGAAAAGAAGCUGCUUCGGAUGUGGGAAGUUGGGGCACAUUUGGGCCAACUGCCCGAAGCCUAAGGAUAAGGCUCCUAAAGGCGGUACCGUUGCUGGUGUAGGGCGCGAUCGCAGCGAGCAGCUACGGAGUGUGGUGGCAAACGAGAGGGACAUCGCGACGAACACUUCUAUUGGGUCACGAGUCCAAUCGAUCCCGUUGGUAUCCGAGCAUAACAAAUUCCAGGGGAGGUUGGAUUCGGGGGCGGAUAUCACGGUGAUCAGGCGGAGUGUAAUCCAAAGUGGGAGCCUUGAAACUUCGGGACCCAUUGUUCUCCGCGGAGCCUUCGGUCAGUCAAUAACAGCUGACUUGAUGUACGUGCCGCUGCGGGCCGACUGUGACGAGUACGACACCGGACCACAGGUUAUAACCCUGUGCGCGGUAACAGAGGAGCUGGCUGACGGAAUUGACGCGCUCAUAACACCCGACGUGUACGAUGAACUCCUCAGGGCGAAGGCCGAGUUUGAAGCUGAAGCCGAUGAUCUGGGCCCCGACCUGCCAGAGGGGCUCGGGGGUGAGCCGGUAGACUUCGAGGAGAACGAAAUUCAGGCCGAGGUGCAGUUCGUGACGAAUCCGCCUGAUGCAGGAGAGGGUACAAGCGUAACAGAAUUCCGCAGAGAGCAGCUCAACGACGAAUCACUCAGGGAUGCCUGGAAGGAGGCUGAGAACGGGACACACGGCAUGGUUGUGCGCGAGGGGCUCCUGUAUCACAAAGAUGACGUUGAUGGCCGACCUUGUGAGCAGGUGGUGUUGCCGGCGUCCAGGCGCGAAAAGGUGCUCGAGCUGGCGCAUGACUCCCCGUGGGGUGGGCACUUUUCGCAGAAGAAGACCAAGAAGAGAAUAAAGGGCGCGUUCUUUUGGCCAACGAUGGCUCAAGAUGUCAGGAAACACUGCCAGUCGUGCCAUGCGUGCCAGGUACAGUCGAGGGCAAACGUACUGGAUAGAGUGCCGAUCACACCGCUCUCGCGGCCUGAGCUACCAUUUCAAACAAUCUUCAUAGAUUGCAUCGGGCCGCUUGACCCUCCUUCGGCAAGGGGUCACCGGUACGCGCUUUGCAUAGUCGACCUGUGUACGAGGUGGGCCGAGGUAGUCUGCCUGAGAUCAUUGACGGCGCAAGCAACAUGUGACGCAUUGGUGGGUGUGUUCGCCAGAUUCGGAACGCCACAGCUAAUCUGCUCGGAUCAGGGCACAAACUUUGUGGCAAAACUGACGCGACUGCUAACAGAGCGGCUGGGGGUGGAGAUGCGGUUCUCGACUCCAGAUCACCCCCAGAGCAACGGUCUAGUUGAGAGGUGGAAUGGGACUUUCAAAGCCAUGCUGCGUCAUGUAAUUCAGGAUCACAGAGGGCAAUGGGACAAGUACGUUCCAUGUCUAUUGUGGGCGUAUCAUGAGGUACCCAAUGAAACGACAGGCGUGUCACCGUUCGAAAUGAUGUUCGGCAGAAGUCCAAGCGGUCCACUCACCCUACUGAGUAAGCACUGGACCGGAGAAUGGGCAGCUCCCGUGGGACUUAACUCGUCCACUGAGUCGUACCUCCUGCAGCUUAGAAAAAGGAUGAAAGAAUCCGCUGAUCUGGCGCAGGAUAAUACCGUGGUAAACCAGCAGGCUUACGCGGCACGGUACAACUUGAGAGCCAGGGAAAAGUCCUUUGCAGUAGGAGACCUAGCGCUGAUCCUAGAGAAGGACUCUAGCGGUAAGUUAAAAGGAAAGUGGAUCGGUCCGGUAAAGAUCGAACAGCGGGUCAGAGAGCACAGUUAUGUUGUGAAGCUGCCGGAUGGACGGGAGCGGCUUGUACACGCGAACAAACUAAGGCGGUACUACGUUAGGAUGAAUGCAGUGGGCGUUGUCUCUGACGCUGACGAUGCGUUCGGCGCACUGGAGUACGUCCCUGCGCGAGAGUCCGGCGGGGCCAAUAAUGAGCCUCAAAUUAAUCGCGCGGCACGCCUGACUGAGAAGCAACACAAAGACCUAACCAGCUUGCGGGCUGAAUUUGGUGGCGUGUUUUCUGAUAAGCCAGGACAGUGUAAGGUGGGUUCGCACAAGAUCGGGAUCGUUGCGGGGACAGAGCCCAGGCGGACGUAUCCGUACAAGAUUCCGAUGAAGCUCAGAGCAGAGGUGGAUCGACAAAUAGACCAGCUGCUGGACUGGGGUCUCAUCUAUCCAGUCGAGAGUAUGUUCAGUCACCCGGUGGUGUGCGUCAUGAAGAAAGACGAUGCGGAAGCAGCCUUUAACGCCGCCAAGGGGAAGUUGGCCGAGGCACCCCAACUGGCCGCGCCAGACCUGAUGAGAGAGUUUGUCUUGACGAAGGACGCGUCCGAGUUUGCGAUUGGCGCCUGUCUCUCGCAGGAGAAUGGGGAGGGGAGGGAACAACCCAUAGCUUUCCUGAGCAAAAAACUAACCCCGACGGAGACUCGCAGGGCAACAAUCGAACGAGAGGCGUUCGCGAUCGUGUGGGCGCUAUCGAAACUCGAAACCUGGCUUUUCGGGGCUAAAAUUAAGGUGGUCACGGAUCACAAUCCACUGAAGUACCUCACCCUCACAUCCCCGAGUAGCGCGCGUCUGACGCGAUGGUCCCUUGCGCUCCAGCGCUACGAGAUAACUAUAUCGCACAUUAAGGGGUCAAUGAACCAGUGUGCGGACGCGUUGUCUAGGCUUAGAGUUGCGACCUAG